AUGUUCUGUGUGUCCGGCUGGAUAUUUUUGUGCCGGUUCAGACACAGCUCAGAGUCCGGAGUGAGCUUCCCUUGCCCUGUGGGCACUUUUAAUGGCCAGUUAGGCCUGUCUAGCAAGGAUCAGUGUAUCUCCUGCCCCCCUGGUAAAUACUGCAGCUCCUCUGGCCUGGACACCCCUACAGGCAACUGUUCUCCAGGUUACGUGUGCAAUCAGGGUGCCUCGCUCUCAGAGCCAGUUGGAGAUUCCACAGGAGGCAGAUGCACAGCUGGCUUCUAUUGCCCAGCGGGUGCCAGCCGUAUGGAGCCCUGUCCUCUGGGCACAUUUGGCUCAUUAGAAGGCUCUUUCUUGAGCCAGCGUGGUGCUGUAUCUGAGACAGACUGUCAUCCAUGUACUCCUGGAUUCUACUGUCCAGACUGGGGUCAGAGCUCUGCGGCGCUCCGCUGUCCUGAGGGCAGUUUCUGUCCGGCAGGUUCUGCUGUCAUUGUCCGUCUGGUCACGCGUGUCCGUAUGGCAGCAUCCAGCCUGCCAUCUGUCUGCCUGGUACUUAUCAGCCUCUGCCAUCCCAGCCAACCUGCAAACCAUGCCCACCAGGGUUUUGCGCUCCAGGUCACUAUUGCGUCGGCAGCACAGAUACUGCCACACCUCAGGCGUCACCCUCUCAGCAGACCUGUUUUUGUGACCUCGUACCUUCAGCUCACCUUCAAAUGGUCAUAUUGCCCAGUGGGUUCUUCUCUUCCUCAGCCCUGUGAUUCAGGCUCUUAUUGUAAUCAGACUGGCUUGCACACUCCUGCAGGCCUCUGUUUUGCUGGAUUCUUCUGCUCCACUGGCUCCUCAAAUCCCAGUGCUAUGCUUUGUCCUCCUGGACACUACUGUCCCCAGGGCACACCACUACCCCUGCCCUGUCCACAAGGCACAAUAAGGAACUCUCCUGGAGGAUCCAUUGCAGACGAUUGCCUUGAAUGUCCACCAGGAUAUUUCUGUGAACAAAGAGGCCUAACCAAGCCCUCUGGUCUGUGUUCUGAGGGCUAUUACUGCCCUGGAGGACAGAACACAUCCAGACCACCAGAAUAUGUGUGUGCUGCAGGCCACUUCUGUGGAAGUGGCAGCAUCAUAGAGAGGCCAUGUUUCCCAGGAAGCUUCCAGCCCAGUCCAGGCCAACAUAGAUGUGAGGUGUGCCCUGCCCGCUUUUUCUGUCCUGAAAACGGGUUUUUCUGCAGUGAAGGAUCUCAGACUUCAGCUCCUGUGUCAGCCGUGUAUGGUGAUAUUUGUCCUCCAGGUCACUAUUGUGAAAUUGGUAGUGCUGUGCCAACUCCCUGUCCAGUGGGAAGCUGGCGCCCUGAUAGUGGGGGAAAGGGCACAGAUGAUUGCAUGCCUUGCCCUGGAGGUCAGUUUCAGGACCAGAAGGGACAGAGUGAGUGUAAACCCUGUCCUCCAGGUUUCCAUUGCGUCAACCUCACAAGAGGCUUUAUGGGGGUCAGCACUCCUUUGGUCUGUCCUGAAGGGUUUUACUGCCCCAAUGAGACCGAGUCUGGAAACCCUGUUCCAUGUCCUAAAGGCACAUACAGUGAUUCUCUUGGCCUCAUUUCAGCAGAGCAGUGCCUGGUGUGCCCCAUGGGACAUUUCUGCGGUUCGGAUGGACUCUCUGAGCCCUCAGGGCCCUGUGCCCCUGGAUUCCUCUGUUUUGUGCAGGCCACAGUUCCCAACCCAACUGACAACAGCACUGGCACUUUGUGUCCACCGGGGGCAUACUGCCUUCUGGGAACAAGAGCAGGUGAAUGUUCUGCAGGCUACUACUGUGACUGGGGCUCCAGCAGCCCAGAGCAGAGCCUCUGUCCUGCCGGUUUCUAUUGCCCCACAGGCACAAACAAGCCCCUGGCCUGCACUACAGGAACUUACAGCUCCGUCAUGGGCAACAGUCACCAAGAAAAUUGUGAGCCAUGUCCAUUAGGCUACUACUGUCAGGGGGAAGCAGUAGCAGAGCCUCUUCCAUGUCUGCCGGGGCAUUUCUGCCCCACAGGCACAUCACAGGGUACUCAGUUCCCCUGCCCUCCAGGAACAAUGCAGCCACAGUCUGGGACAGCCAGUAUAGAUGAAUGUCUACAAUGUCCUGCAGGCAACAGCAUGUGCCCGCCUGGCCAUUAUUGCCCAACUGGUAUCGGGUCUCCCCUCCCAUGCCCCGCUGGAACAUUCUCCAGCUCCCCAGGGUUGAGUGGGGCGGAGCAGUGCCAGCCGUGUCCUCCUGGGUACUUCUGUGAGCAGACUGCUAUGGUCUAUCCAUCAGAAGCAGCUCUCUGUGAUGCUGGGUAUGUGUGUAUCAAUGGCAGUCGUAGUGCUCGACCGGUAGAUGGACUGCAGGGUUAUAUUUGUCCAAGCGGACACAGUUGCCCCAUUGGUACUCCAUUGGAAGUGCCUUGUGAGCCCGGCACAUACAGCAGUGCUCCUGGUGCCGUCCACUGUCUCUCAUGUCCAGCUGGCACUAUGUGUCCUUCCCCUGGCACACAGGAGCCAUCCCCAUGUCCCAUGGGUCAUUUUUGCCCUGUUGGCACUCCUGAAGCUGUACCCUGUCCUGUGGGCACACUAGGACAGGUUACCAGGGCUCAGUCGGAGGCUGUCUGUGUGCCCUGCCCUACCGGCCUCUACUGUAGUUCACCUGGAACAUCACAACCACAGGGCCAGUGCCAGCAGGGUUAUUUCUGCCAAGGAGGGUCUCCAAAUCCUGCUCCUCUGAAUACAACUGGCUAUCUGAGGAAUGGCCCCUGUCCGCAGGGUCACUUUUGCCCUUCUGGAACCCUAAUGCCUCUGCCUUGCCCAGCAGGCAGCAUUCGUAACCUCACAGGGGGUUACUCCAUAGAAAGCUGUCUUCCCUGCCCAGCAGGACAUUACUGUGCUAGCGAAGGCCUGGAUGCUCCAACUGGACCCUGUGCUGCAGGCUUUUACUGCCCUGUAGACUUUUCCUCCACCACCCCACAUGCCUUCCUCUGCCCCAAGGGUCAUUACUGUCCCUUGGGCUCAACCCUGGCCUUGCCCUGCCCAACGGGACAGUACCAGCCGAAUCCGGGUUCGGACAACUGCAUCCCUUGCCGUCCAGGCUAUUACUGUGAGGAGGCAAUUAUCGGAGACCCCCGGCCUUGUCCGCCGCACUCCUACUGCCCUGCAGCAACAAUGGUUCCUCAGCCAUGUCCCAAUGGCACAUACACCCCACUUGAGGUCGGGGGUUUGCAGGAGGAGAGAGAGUGUUUGCCAUGUCCACCAGGAAAGUUCUGCAAGGCUGGACAGGUGAAAGGCCAGUGCGCUGCUGGAUUCUUGUGCAUCUCUGGCAGUUCAGAAUAUACUCCUCAGGCCACCUUUCAGCUCAACAGAGACCAGUGUGAGUGGGGAGCACAGUGUGCUGGACUGUGUCCUGCUGGCUUUUAUUGCCCUGUAGGCACAGAGGAACCUUUAUCUUGUCCUGCCAACACUUUAAGAGAAACCCCUGGAGCAAGUACUAUACGUGACUGUCUGCCUUGUCCUCCAAGACACUGGUGCCAAGAGGGUGAUCCCAUUCCACGCAUGUGUCCACCAGGCUAUUACUGUGAUGGCAUAGUUGAUUAUGAGUCUGAGGGGCGGCCGGGGCCUAGAAAAUGUCCCCUGUUUACAUACAGGCCCAUGUCUGGUGCAGGAAGCAAAGGAGACUGUCUUACCUGCCCCCCUGGCACUUUUUGUAACUCCACAGGGCUCACUGAUUUCUCAAGCUUCCUUUGUCCACCGGGUCAUUGGUGCAGUGGGACAGGUUUCCCCGUGCCCUGCCCUGCAGGCACCAUGAGGGCACAGGCAGGGGCAGCUGCUGUCAGUCAGUGUGAGCCUUGCCCUCCUGGUACCUUCUGCCCACACCCUCGCACCAUGGGCCAGCCUAAUACAGCAGGCAUCCCAUGCCGAGCUUCUUACGAAUGUCCUGCAGGGUCAGUCGCAGAGACCCCUUGCAGAGCUGGUUCAUACUGUAGACCCCAGACAGGAGAUCCCACACCGUGUCCUGCAGGAUACUACUGUCCUGAAGGAUCUCGAACCUACAGCUCUCCACAGCAAGUAUGUACUUUUCCACAUUACUGCCCAGCCAACAGCUCUACCAUGCUGUCCUGUCCGGAUGGCUGGAUGCCUCUGAACACCAGCGGUUUGAGGAAGUCUCAGGAGAGCAGUUGUUUGCUGUGUGGGGCCGGCACCUAUCGGCCCAGUCACUCCCCUCCACUCCAGUGCCUCCUCUGUCCUCCAGGACAUCACUGUCCGGCGGGCUCACACCAUUAUAGUAAUCAGCCCUGUCCAGUUGGGUACUUUUGUCCACAAGGCAGCUCCGAUCCUGUUCCCUGCCCGCCUGGCUCAUAUGGAAACUGUACUAGUGCCGAAUCACUUUUGGAAUGUCACAAAUGCCCACCAGGGACCUUCAAUCACUUGCAAGCCCAGAGAGCCUGUUUCCCCUGUGGGAGUUCGUCCACCUCAGAUACAGGGGCGUCCUCUUGUACCUGCAUAGGCAAAAACCGUGCGUUCCAGCAAUCAGAUGGGUCGUGCUUGUGUAAGACCGGUUUUGUCUUUUACAAUGAAUUAGACUUCAAAAGCUCUACCGCAGACAGCGAACUGGACUGUCAGCCUGAGGUGAGAUGUGUGCACUGA